AGCGGCGGCGGUGAGCGAGGCUGUGCGGAGCGGUGCUGUGUCCUCACGCGAUUGCCGCGUGUUUCGGUUUGUUAAGAGUUGCAGCUUAGUGCCCGAGCGGGGAGCCCGCCAGCGAGGCUGUAUUUUGGCACAUCUCGGAGCCAGACGAGACUUGUUUAAUUUGCAAAGUCUCGCUGCUGCUGCUGCAGCUCCGUGUAAUUUUCCUCUCUUGCUGAAAGUCCUCUGGAAACGCUGCAAAAGGCGAUGAAUAUGCAAAGCGCGGCGCUCAGCUCCGAACCCGGCGCGUCCUCGGAGACUUCAGAACGCCCCAAGUGAUGGAGAUGUAUUAUGAAACGGUUCUGUCAUCCGUGAUGGCGUCAGCGCUACCCAGAACCCUUGGGGAACUGCAGCUGUAUCGAAUACUACAAAAAGCAAAUCUCUUGUUCUACUUCGAUGCCUUCAUUCAGCAGGGUGGUGAUGACGUCCAGCAGCUCUGUGAAGCCGGUGAAGAGGAGUUUUUGGAGAUAAUGGCUCUGGUAGGCAUGGCGAGCAAGCCGCUUCACGUGCGACGGUUGCAGAAGGCCCUGAGGGACUGGGUGACAAACCCUGGUCUUUUUAACCAGCCUCUCACUUCCUUACCAGUCAGCAGCAUUCCGAUCUAUAAACUGCCAGAAGGGUCUCCUGCGUGGCUGGGGAUAUCCUGCAGUAGUUACGAACGGAACAGCGCUGCCAGAGAGCCUCACUUGAAGAUUCCGAAAUGCGCUGCCACAACUUGCGUGCAGAGCGUGGGUGCGAGCAAAUCUGAUGUGGUGGGGAGCUUAUCACUACAGAGCAGCAGCGAGCCGAGGCUCUGGCAAGGACACCACACGACAGAGAGCGAGCAUAGCCUUUCCCCGGCUGACCUCGGCUCUCCCGCUUCACCAAAGGAGAACAGCGAGACGCUGGAUGCUGCUGCUGCUCUGUCAGUUGCUGAAUGCGUAGAACGCAUGGUUCCCUCCUUGCCCAAAAGUGACUUGAAUGAAGUCAAGGAGUUACUGAAAACAAAUAAGAAACUGGCAAAGAUGAUUGGUCACAUCUUUGAGAUGAGCGAUGAGGACCCUCACAAAGAGGAGGAAAUCAGGAAGUACAGUGCAAUAUAUGGCAGAUUUGACUCAAAAAGAAAGGAUGGCAAGCAUCUUACUCUCCACGAGCUAACAGUUAACGAAGCAGCUGCUCAGCUGUGUGUGAAAGAUAACGCGCUGCUGACCAGGAGAGAUGAACUCUUCGCGCUAGCUCGGCAGAUCUCUCGAGAAGUUACGUACAAGUAUACUUACAGGACCACCAAAUCUAAAUGUGGAGAAAGGGAUGAACUGUCACCAAAGAGAAUCAAAAUAGAGGAUGGUUAUCCUGACUUCCAGGACGCAGUCCAGACGCUCUAUCAGCCAGACAAAAUGCCGCUUGCUUUGGCUAAGGGAAAGAGUGAGGAUUCGGCAGCUCUGAAUUCCCAGUCUGAAAAGGUGAUGGCAAAACAGAUGGAGUUUCUCUGCAACCAGGCUGGAUUAGAGAGACGUCUUUCCACAGGGUGUUACAGGCAAAACUCAGAAGAGCACAGCCCCAAUGGCAUGUCAUUAGAUAAUGUUGAUGGACAAGGUGAAAGGCCGCUGAAUCUCCGGAUGUCAAAUCUUCCCAGUAGACAGUUGCAGCACAUUGCACUUGAUGGAGAGCAGCACGUUGGAAAACCUCUGUGCAGUGAAUUGAUCCGGCUUUACCCUGGUGGUGAGGCUAAGUCCCAGUCCUCAGAAGGCCUUGGUAUCUUAAAGGAUUUUCCUCACUCAGCUUUUAACAACAUUGAAAGGAAGGUCAUCAAAACAGAACCUGAGGACACAAGAUAGUCAUCCUGUUCUGGAAACCAGUGUCAUAAUAAGGAAUGAAACUUCACGAGAGAAGGAAAAACAGCCUUAAUAACCAGUGUUGCCUCAUUCAAAUAAGAGAUUUCAAUAGCCAAAGCAUAAGAACUGGUCCAGUAAUCUGUGGAAACAGAAAAGCAAAAGACACUGCAAACUAAACAGUAAUACAGGUGGAUAAACAUUCCUGUUAAAGUGGUUUUAUAACGUGGAAAGAUUCACAAAUUAAUAUUGUGGGUCUACAUUAUUUAAGAAUGUAUUAUGUAUUUGUAUAACUUAUCAAAGUAAAUCUAGAUGUUGGGACAUGUAUAGAGUCUAGUAGAUGUGGCUACAGUUCAUUUUACUUGAAAUUUCAGUGUCUACUUUAAGUGUACCUAGCAUAGACCUGGUUGUUAAACAUUAGAAUUACAAAUCCUUGGAGAAGUAGGAACGUGAACAUCGUGACACAGUAAACAGCAAGUUUGCAACAGUGUUUGUAGGAAAAAAGGAAGAUGGAAAAAAUAUCUUCUGGUUUAAAAUGUUAUGUGGAUAUAGCGUUCGGUAGACCUAGAGCCCAGUUCUGUAUCAUAGCAGAUGUUCUUGACACUUACUAUUGUUACAUCACUUUUAAUGGUUUCAGCAGCCUUUGUAUAGUGCAUUUACAGUAGACUACCUAUCUACAGUUCAGGAGUGUAGAACAUGCCAAUUAAAAUAUGGAAGAGUCCAUAUUAGAGGUUCCCAAUUUGAUGUGAAAAAUGUAACCGUUGGAUAUACCUUCAGUUUAUCAGUCAGUUUCAGUGCAAUUGCUGAAGUUGCUCCUGAUAUGCAGUAAGAUCUUUUGGAGGAGAGAGAUGAGGGACGACGUCUUCAGAAUGUGACUCCUUAUCAAGUGUUGUCCAGCCCACGUGAUUCUAUGAAUACACCGUAUACUGCAUACAGUAUGCCAAUACUUUUCUUUAUGUGUGUGUUGAAGUAACAUCCGUAUUCUUUAUUUAUUUGACAGUUUUUAUUUUUUUUUGUACAUUUUCACUUUUGCAGAUGUCAUUUUAUCUAAGGACAAAUAAUGGGCUUAAAACGUUGGAGUUUCCCAUGCUGCGUUUGUGUGCAUCCAUCUUUCCUCUGUGCACCUCCCGCGUUAAGGAUUGCUUUCCUGCAGUCAGAAUAGUGACAUGCCUUAGUUUCUGAAUGCAGUUUUUUCCUACAGCGUUUUCUGGAGGAGUGAAGGAGGGUUAAAAGACAUAAGUUACCGUGCAGUGGGUAGAUUUCCACGUUCAGGUGUGUAUUUCAUGUCUGCAGUUGGCUCUGUGUCGUAGCUGUGUAUUAAUUCAGUCACAGUCCAUCGUGCCCAAGUGCUCAGCGAAAUGUGAGCUGAAAUGUCUACACUGCAGUCUCUUAUCACUGUAAACAUACCUAAUUAUUUUAUCACUUUUGAUUUGUGGAACAAAGCUUUAUAGUAGAAACACCGGUAAACAACUUUUUAUACUAUUAAAAUGGUUUUUUUUUUAAUUGUUUCUUGAACUGUAUGGUACUGUUUCACUUCCUGAAGUAUCUUACUUCAAGUGAUGGCGUUUGCAGCUUUGCUGUUAGAAAUAAGAGAUUGAAUGUGUAGUUAUAUUUCCUCUUUCCUGUUGUGUGAGCUAGUAGUAUGGAUAAUUCUUUGGCUUGUAACGUUAGCCAGUGCACUGGUUAGUAGCUGAGUAGUUUUCAUAAGAAUAUAUGGAACUUGCUAAAGGACAGCUUAAGGUUUGAACUAUACAGCUUGAGUAAUAGAGCAGCAAGCCUUGAGAGAUUCAGGAAAUGCUCUUUUUGUCAACAUCUCAACUGUUGUGUGUGGAUCACAGAAGAAGCUCUUAAGCUUGCUGGUCUUUUCAGUUGGAGUGAGAGGAAGGAGGAAGAGCAGCAGCACGCUGUUUCAGUUGAGUCCAGAACUUAUUUUGUAAACACUAAUGUAUUAAAUUUGCUAUAAAUUAAAGAACAUAACAGUUAUAUUUUUGAGUUGUAAAUACAGUACUCUGUGUCACAACCCCUUGGUUAUCUCUAGAACGAUAUUUCAGUUUAGAAGUCCAACAGGCCAUUUCAGUCUCAGCAAGCUGGAAGCAAUUUUUUUACUGGUUUGCAGCUCUACCUUUUUUGUUUUGUUUUGUUUUUUAAACCCUGAGAGUGGAGAUGGGGAGGAGGGUGGGGGGGUUUAAUACAUUCCACAAUUGCACAUAAGUUUGGUAAUAGCAGAUAUUCAAGCGUUGGUCUUUCCAUGACAAAGAUCUUGGUGGACUGCAACUUGGCUGUUCAGUGGAGUCAGGGGGAAGGUUCACCCGCAUCUGCUCUGGGCAGGUUGCUGGAUUCAGGGUACUCUGGAUCAGAGGCCAGCCCUGCAAAUGAUGCCUGUUCUUAUUCACAUGUUUAUAUUGUUGCUACAAAAUAAAAUUCACCGUGAGAACUC